CAUCCCGGUGACGUACUUCCGGUUAACUGUCAAAGUUGGAGGCUUUGAGAAGGAAAAAAAACCCAACAACGGACGAGUUCAGUUCACUAACACUGCUGACCAAGGAAGCCAUCAGAAAUGUCUUUUCUAUUUGAUUGGAUCUACAGGGGCUUCAGCAGUGUCUUGCAACUAUUAGGGUUGUACAAGAAGACUGGGAAGAUGGUUUUUCUUGGACUAGACAAUGCUGGAAAAACAACGCUCCUGCAGAUGCUCAGGGAUGACAGGCUGGGACAGCACAUGCCGACGCUAUACCCAACAUCCGAGGAGCUGACAAUAGCUGGAAUGACUUUUACGACAUUUGACCUUGGAGGUCAUACGCAAGCACGAAGGAUCUGGAAGAACUACUUCCCAGCCAUAAACGGUAUCGUGUACAUGGUGGAUUGUGCUGACCAUAUGCGACUAGCAGAAGCAAAAGUUGAACUGGAUGCCAUGUUAACAGAUGAAACCAUUGCAAACAUCCCCGUUCUAAUCCUGGGCAAUAAGAUAGACCGUCCAGAGGCCAUCAGUGAGGAUGCACUCAGGGCAGUACUUGGUCUUCAGGGGCAUACAACUGGAAAGGGCAAAGUGCCGCUGAAGGAGCUGAAUUUGAGGCCAAUGGAGGUGUUCAUGUGCAGUGUGCUGAAGCGACAGGGAUAUGGAGACGGUUUUCGCUGGCUUGCCCAGUAUAUCGAUUGAUUGACAUUUUUAUAAUAGCCUUAACCAGAUUUGUUCCACACAAAACUACCUGCAGUAGAGAGAUUUUAUUAAAUAUGCUAGUACAAAA